UAUCUGCUAAUGAUUCUUUACAGAUUCCUCGGCAGUUCAACUUCAAGCAGUUUCUCAAUCGAGCUUUGUAACGGUAGAUCUGAUGUAAGGAGAGGCUGGAUGAUGGUCAAAACUGCGAAUGCAGAAGUUACUGAAGAAUCGGAAUCUAAUGUAUUGGCAGACGCUGCAACUGUCCCUUCUGUUGCUGCUGUAAUCAGGACGGGAUCUCUACUAGAUGACCAUUGCUGCAUUUGCUGGGACAACGAAUGUAACACUGUAUUGCCGUGCACUCACCGUUACUGUAACGGAUGCAUCAUAAAAUGGGGUUUGACUAGCACCGACUGCCCUCAGUGUCGAAGCACGUUUACAGUCUCAACAGAAACGUAUCACCUGGUGAGAAAGUCUUCAGACAUCGAGGUCACUUAUGGUGAUCUCAUUGCUGCCAUGUUUCAAUCGAUGCCGUCUACUUCGACCGACGCUUUUCGUCACUCGAUUUCUCCACAUCCUUGAUGGAUGGCCGU